UUCAGGCGUCUGUUUCGGCCGCCUCGUGACGCUGCUGUCGCAUGCGUUGCCGCAGUUGCCGCAGUCUCCCGGCGCUUCUCAGCGUCAGUCUCAACUCUGGGUGCGGUCGACAACUGCCGCCUCUCGCUAGCACAGUAGACAACAGAAUUUGUCAGAAACAAUCAGGCAAAAUAGAUCGUUUUUUUUACGCACCAGGGCUAAGCCUCGAGAGGCCAAACGGGAGCUCCCGAAGAGAACGAGACGGUCAAUGGCCCCGUUGACUCACGCGGGUUGGAGCCCGUGGUCGGCAUCGAUCGAUACGUUGUGGGCACGAAGCCGAAACCUGGCCUGCAGGUGAAUUUGAAAAUGUAGCUUUCCGUUUCGCUAUGUCAAUAAAUCAUUUUCGAGACGUUUGUCGCAACUCUUUCCCGAAGUUCUGGGUUAGCUUUGACACUGACCUUCCUCUCUUCCGGAUUCAGAGAAUUGUCGCCUUCUUGACGACGGCGCCGUGCUGUCCCACUGUCUCGGACUCUACUUAUCUGCAGCUGGCUUCUUUCUCCAACCUUGCUUCUGGUGAUACAAAACGGAAACGGAAUUGCCUUCUGUCUUUCUUUCGAUCCCCCGGCUUUUUGUGUCUUAGUGGUCGUGUGCAUCUUUUUCUCGGCUCUUCUGGAAAGUCACUGCGCAUCGUCACGAGUCCUUCGCGCCCCUGUAUGCAAUUUGCUCCCUCGGUGGAGGUAAUCUAUCCUGAAGAAAGCGGCCAACUGAGGUAGCAAUAUCCGAGAACGAAGGAUGCUGAGAAUUCCACAGAGUCAGGGCGGAUUCUUGUAAAUGGCCCAGCUCGCACGGAGGACGUUGUCAGCAGUGGCGCUUCCCUGGCGGGUCACCACGUGCUUUGUGUGUCAGCGUUCAUCCACGUUUCCUCCAUUUCGUUUCACUCCGAAAUUCACUUUCCUGAAUGAAGUAGAAACUGUAGAGUGUUAGACGCGGCAAGAAUCGCGAAGAGGCGAAGGAUUCGCAAACACCACCUUUUCUCCUUCCCCACUUUCUUGUGCAAGCGGCUAUCCGCCGUCGCUCUCUGUUCAAGAAGUUUCGAUGCAGGAUUUUCUGUCCGCUUGUGACUGUCCAUUUAUCGCUGUCAAGUGUCAACUCACAAGGAAUUCAAAAUACCAUUGAGUCCUUUCUGCACGAUCUGACAUCUGAUUGUCGUUACCCCACGGGGUUCUGGCCGGCCCGUUUCCGAUUUCGUGUGUUGGUAGGCCAUCCGACCAUCGUUUGGAAUUUCGCGAAAAAAUGCAGAGCGGCCCCCGAAGUUGUUACUUUCCGCGCUCUCUUCACUCGACGCCGCGCUUCUCGCCGCUUCCUCGUGAAGAAUGGCAGCAAGCGCCCACUCUCCCGCAGCGACUCGCAGAGAGACGGCCGUCGGCACAGCGAAAAGUGAUUCUGUGGACUGGGGCUGUCUGCUUCGCUGUUUUCUGCCGGUGUUUCGCUGAGGGCGCGGUAGAUCUUCCGGACGGGCAUCUCACUGGAAGCCUUGAAACCGAGGGUACGCUGGAUCCUCCGGACGGGCAUCUCACUGGAAGCCUUGAAACCGAGGGUACGCUGGAUCCUCCGGACGGGCAUCUCACUGGAAGCCUUGAAACAGACAGAGGGGGUCAAAGCGUGGACGAAGCCGCUGCGAUCCACGUGGAGUCAGAAAGCCAGGCGGGGAUCGCCGGGCAAGAUGCCGGACGCGAGGUGCCAGAGGAUGGGAGCGGAGAGACAGACGACCUCCUGGAUCUAGAGAAGAUUCCGGAGGAGCUUCGCUCCCGCGUGCUCGCCACCGCCGACGGUCCCCUCCACAAGUUGAUGAGUGUUCUGCGCCCGCCGGUCAGAGGGAAGAAACGCGCGCUGCUCAUGAGUGGCGUGACAGCGCUCUCAGCCGCGACGAGGUUCAUGUUGCAAGACAAUAUGUUCAACGUCGUCCACUUUCUUCUGUACGACUAUCCGGUGGUCCACCUUCUGCUGGCGGGGACGGAGCCGCUGUACGCCCUGGUCUUUUUCGCCAUGACGAUCUAUUUCAGCAUGCAGUACUUUCGAGAACUCGCGCGCGACAAAGCUUAUGGCCGGGAUAUUGAGCUCGUGAAGGAAGCGGAGAGGGAACUGGCGCGGGAGCUGAAGAACCCGAAUCUGAGUUUAGAGGACAAGAAGCGACUGACCAUGAAGGCUCUCUUUCUGCGCGAAGAAGCCACUGACGCGCUGGUCAAGCGCCUGGGACCGUCGAUUCGAGGCACGCUCGUCUCGCUGGUGUCGACAAUCACAUUUUUUUCGCUGCUUUUCCGCAAACAAAUGGGAGUUCGGCUUAAAAUGUGUGACUUCGGCGUGGGUUUCAUGGCUGUACUUGCAGUGUCGGGAGCGCUCUUGGCUGCGUUGGAUUACUCGUCACGACGGCGAAUCAAUAGAAUAAGAAAGGCGAGAGUCGCGACCCGCCGCGCAAUAGAAAAAAGUUUCCUCAGUGACGGUACCGCAGGCCAGAAAAACACACUCGGGUCUCGACAGCCAUCCGCUGUAGAGGACCGCGCCGUUGUCCCCGUAACCUCUGAUGCGGCGGAAAGCAUUGCCAUUCCCGGAAGCGAAAAAGGCGAGGAAGACACGCAGAUAGUCCCUGAGUUCGUGGCGGCAGUAGAGGCAAACGACAAUGUCGCUUCAGAGGCAAACGCGGUGUGAAAAAAGGUCGGAGCAGUGCCUCUGACGCAGAUACACCGAAAAUUUGAAGGGUAAAAAGUCGGUUUCAGUUUUGUGUGAACAUGGGAAGCAAGCAAGUCGGAAAGCGAAGACACGGACUUUUCUUUUGUCGGAUUUCGAAGGGCGAGGAGAGGCGUUUUGGAGAUGCCCCGCCUUUUGUGGAUGCGUUGUGGGUCUUUAAAUCGUGGUCACUGCAUUCGCGAACUCUAUGCGAACGUAGAAUCAUGUGUACACGCUCAACUUGUGCACAGAAAUCGCCCUGCUGAUCGCAGUGGCGAAGCGUGGUAAACGUUCAGUCACCGCUAGAAAUGGUUCGAGCAACAGCCGCUGCCACCCUACGGACGCCCCCUGAAUGGAUGUGUGGAACAAAUAGCAACGCAGGCCUCCUGGAAGGAGGGGGGUUCUCGAUGAGCUCCAUCGAGGGGAAAGAACCACUGCUCUACCGGAUGUCGCGAGUGCGUGAGAGGAAGUUUUUUGUGAAAUAGGGGAGUUCUUGUGGUCGGGGCGGUGGUGGAGAAACGACAGCAGAGUCCAGCUGUUCUCUGCUCGUGAGCACGGCAUUUCUUCUGCCGCAUUACUUUUACAAAACACGGUGAAUGUGAACAUCUGGAAUGCUACACAAAUUCACUGGCCCGGGACCCACAUUGAAAUCAUCAGUGCAGACGUGCGCGUGUAGCGGAAGGCAGGCACACACAGGACUGGAGCCAUCCCGGCUUAAUGUCUCGGUUGGACCGUAACACAGGAAUGCUCAUACAUUUCAGUCACUAUAAACAAGAA